UCAUGUUUGUUCAAUUUUUCAAAACUUCACCAUUAACUCACUUCAAAAUCUACUGUAAACUCUCUAUAAAAUGAACGCUAUUUCCAAGAUACUUAGGCCUUAUUUCAAGGCACUGGGACACCGAUUUUUAAAGGGAAAAGGGUAUGGAACUUGCCAUCACUCCUCUUCCAUGAAAGUCACAGUGGUCGGAGCUGGAGGAAAAGUUGGCCAACCGCUGUGCCUAAUGUUAAAACAGUCCCCACUGAUCGACGACCUUCACAUUCAUGACUUAAAAUCUACGGCUGGUUUAGGCUUGGAGCUGAGCCACAUCGACACAAAAUGCAAAGUGGCUGCAUUUACUGGCAGAGAUAACUUGCAGCUCGCCUUAAAAAAUGCCAAGAUAGUUGUUAUAGUGGCUUCGGCACCCGGGGCUGACAGUAUGCCCUUUGAUAAGAUGUGGGAGCCUAAUUGUCAAGUGGUUAAAGAGAUUAUGUCUGAAGUAGCUCGGAAUUCUCCUAAGGCUCUGGUAGCCAUUGGCACAAACCCCAUCAACAGUAUCAUCCCUAUGGCGUGUGAAAUUUUAAAAAAGGGCGGCACCUAUAACCCUAAUGGGGUGUUCGGCAUAACCUCCCUGGAUACUGUGAGGGCAAACACUUUUACCGCCCAUAUUCAAGGUUUGGAGCCGGAAUGCGUCAUGGUACCGGUCAUAGGAGGGCAUUCCGCUGAGACCAUUAUCCCUCUAUUAUCCCAAGCAAAACCUUGUGCUGAAUUUACUAAUUCUGAGAUAGAAGAUGUUACCGCUAGUAUUCGGAAUGCGCACGACAACUUAAUCAGUCUUAAGUCUGGAGAAAGUGAAUGUUUGGCUAAUGCCUUUGCUUGUGCACGUUUCGUUAUAUCUUUGGUUAAAGCUGUGCAAGGAUACCCUGAUGUGGUUGAAUCGGCGUAUGUUAGCUCCAAGGUUCAUCCCUAUUUGAAAUACUUGUCCACGCCCUUAUUGCUGGGUCCCAGCGGGAUAACCAGGAACCUGGGUAUUCCGAAGAUGACCGACUUUGAGCAGUGCAUGUUUGAUAAUUGCGUACCAGCAUUGGCCAAUGAUAUAAAAAAAGGAGAAAAGUCUGUAGGGAUUUACGAUCCGCCGCCCCCUUGUGAUCCCUGCGCCCCCGGAAAAGCCGCCCCCUGCCCCCACGACUGGUGCGACAUGAGACGAUCAUCGUGAAUUUAAUUUUGGAAAAAAACUUGUUUGUUUAAAAAUAAAUGAUUUAAAAAAAAAAGAUAAA